AUGCGUCCAUCUGUGAUCGUAGUGUUCACUCUUCUGUCCUGCACCUGUGGAGAGAAUCCUGGAGUGCAAGUCUUCCUGACAAACAAAGGCCUUCAGUACGUGAAACAUGUGGGUGCAGGAUGGAUUCAGGACAAGUUGGAGCACAUCACUUUUCCUGACAUCAGCGGUGAAGUUGACAUCUUCAUUGGAACUGUAUAUUACACACUAACAGGCACGACCACAACAAAAUGUGACUUUCCAGAGCCUGUUGUUGAGUUUUCUCAGGAAUACUCAGGGCUUAAGACGUCUAUUGUUGGCCUCAGCGUUGCAUUAGCUGGUAACUGGAGAACAAGCUUUGGCAUAAUACAUGACAGUGGAUGGUUUGAUAUGGCCAUAUUUACUGUUAGUUUGACCUCUGUGGUGCAGCUGGGCCGAGAUCCUAACGGGCAUCCGUCUGUCAGCAGCGUCAGCUGUGAUGCUCAGAUUGGAGACGUGGACAUCCAGUUCCAUGGAGGAGCAAGUGUGAUCUUCCAGCCAUUUGUGAAUCAUUUCAAGGGGCGCAUCAUUGAAAUAAUGCAAAGUAAAAUUUGCCCUGGACUUGAGAAAUCCAUUAUGAGUGUGGAGAGCCUUCUAGAGGCCAUGAACGUUUCCAUUAAUGUGAAUGAAGUUCUCAGUAUUGACCUUCAUCUCACUGAUUUACCUGUCAUCGAUGCUUCAAAUCUAACGAUGGGACUAAAGGGGGAGUUCUACAGUAUCAAAACUCAUGAGGAGCCCCCCUUUGUGGCCCAGCCGUUCAUCUUAGCCGAGCAGAAAAACUCUAUGCUGUCAGUGGGGAUGUCUGAGUUCACCCUGAACUCCGCCUCAUAUGGAUACUUCUCAGCAGGACAGCUUCAGGCCCUUAUCAACGAUAGCAUGAUACCUCCAGCCUUUCCUAUACACCUGAACACCAGCUUCAUGGGAAUGUUCAUUCCUCAGCUUCCCAAGCAAUUUCCAGAUCUGUUGAUGAUUCUUCACGUGUAUGCCACAGAGGCGCCCAUGUUUUCCCUCCAGCCUGGAGUCGGUGAAAUUGGACUCCAACUUGGCGUGACAGCCUUCGCCAUUGAGUCAAAUGGUACCCAGGUCCCUCUGUUCAAACUCAGCAUGAUCUCAAAAUUCAGUGGAAAAAUGUGGAUUGCUGAUAAAAAACUGAAAGGAUCCGUGACAAUGGAUAACUUUACGCUGACACUUGUAUCAAGUGAAGUGGGGCCCUUUAAGACUGAUGCUUUGGAAAACACAGUGAAGAUAGGGCUCAAACUGGUGGUCUUACCUAAACUGAACGCGCUGCUGGGAAGUGGAUAUCCUCUACCUCAAAUGAAACAGGGACAACUGGUCCACUCAGUUCUGAACAUAGAAAAGGGAUUUCUUGGCCUUUAUUCAGAUGUGGAGAUUCAACCAACAGAUAGAAGCUACAACUUUUUAUAA